AUGACAGCAGCGGAGGCGGUGAAGGAAGCUAUCUGGUUGAAAGGUUUAGUAGUAGAAUUGAGUUUGGUUCAGCUGGAAUCAACUCUUAGAUGUGAUAGUCAGAGUGUUAUUCCUCUAAUGAAAAAUCAGAGAUUUCAUGAGCGCACUAAACACAUUGAUUUGAGUUCUCGGACUACUUCUGUGACAUCUCUACUUGGGCCAGGAAACAGUGGAAAGACUCCUGUGAAAAAGCCUUCCAUUGGACAGAAGAAGCCCCUCGAUACGCUAGGUUCCUCACCUCCACCUUCAGGGAAGAAGCAAAAGGUUUCAGGAGCUUUUUUAGAUCAGAGCAUUGAACAACUUAAUGAUGUUACUGCUGUUAGUGGAGUUAAUCUAAGGGAAGAGGAAGAACAACUAUUUUCUGGGCCCAAGGAGGACAGUCGAGUUUCGGAAGCAUCUCGACGAGUUGUGCAAGAAGAAGAGGAAAAGCUGAUUUUGCAGAAAAUUCCACUUCAGAAGAAAUUGACAGAAAUCAUGGCAAAAUGUGGUUUAAAGAAUAUGAGCAAUGAUGUGGAACGAUGUUUGUCAUUGUGUGUGGAGGAAAGAAUGCGUGGACUUAUAAGUAGUCUCAUCAGACUGUCAAAACAGAGAGUUGACAUAGAGAAGUCAAGACACAGAACAAUUGUCACUUCAGAUGUUCGUGAAGAAAUCCUGUCAAUCAAUCGAAAAGCCCGGGAAGAAUGGGAAAAGAAACAGGCUGAUGUGGAAAAACUCCAAAAGGCAAAUGAACCUGAAGGUAGUAAUGGAGUUGACGGUGAUAAGGAGAAGGAUGAUGGUCGUGGGAAAUCAAUAAAGGCAAACAAGGAAGAAGAUGAUAAGAUGCGAACUACAGCUGCAAAUGUUGCUGCUCGAGCUGCUGUUGGAGGGGAUGACAUGUUGUCAAAGUGGCAAUUGAUGGCUGAGCAGGCCAGGCAAAAGCGUGAAGGGGGAGGUGAUGUGGCUUCUGGUUCACAGCCUAGUAAAGAUGUGACUCGGAGGAAUUUAUCGACUCCCACAAGAACCUCAAAGGACCAUCAAGAAGCUGAGAACAGGAGUCAGUCAUCUGCAAAAGUCACACCUGGUGCUGUGAGAAGAGCUGGGAGAAAUCAAGUGAUAACCCAGACUAGGAUUGCUCGCAGUAUUACUGUAAAGGAUGUGAUCGCUGUCCUAGAAAGGGAACCUCAAAUGUCUAAGUCUACAUUGAUAUACCGCUUGUAUGAGAAAGCUCGGUCCAAUGCUUCAGCUGAAUCAUCGUGAUUCCUGGAAGAGGCAUAAAUCUUGAACUAACCCCCCCUUUUUUUUUUUCCCCUGUUUUUACGAGAAUGAUACAUCUUGUUUAUAAUCUGUAUCACAUAAUUUAUAACCCCCAGUUUCAUGCUGCUCGUUAUUAGAUAACGAUGUCCUUCAAUCUGGACGACUUCAUGUAAAAGUAAGUUAGUUGAAAGUAGGUCAAAACUUUCAAGAUCCAAGAAUAUAUUUGUUACAACUUGUUGUAGAACUAUUGUAUUCCCUUUAGUGUCAAGUAAAUUAGCUGAGCGUAGCUUGUGUCUUGAAAUGUAAAGCUCUAGUAAUGUUUAACGAUUCAACUGCAGUUGCAGGUCUGAGUAAAGAAAAUCCCAAUUCUAGAAAUA